GUUCUUUUAAUCAAUGCUGUGAAAGAUGUUGCUACUGCCCUUGGAGAUCUAGUACAAGCUACAAAAGCUGCUUCUGGCAAGAGCAUACAUGAUCCAGCCAUGAUAUAUUUAAGAGAUUCAGCGAAGGUAAUGGUCACUAAUGUUACUUCUCUUCUGAAAACUGUGAAAUCUGUUGAAGAUGAGCAUUCACGAGGCACCAGAGCUCUUGAGUCAACUAUUGAAGCUAUUGGACAAGAAAUAAGAGCGUAUGAUUCUUCUGAUCCUCCAAUGCGUUCUGCUACAGCUGAAGAUCUGGUUAGAGCCACUAAACCUGUUACUCUUGCUACUGCUAAAGCAGUGGCUGCUGGUAACAGCUGUAAGCAAGACGACAUCAUUGUUGCUGCAAAUAUGGGACGAAAAGCUAUUUUUGAUUUGCUUAUGGUUGCUAAGGCUGCUGCUUAUUCAUCUGAAACUCAAGAAUUAAAAUACAGGACUUUAGGUUCUGGCCGUGUUUGUGCAUCGCAUUAUAGAGAACUGCUGCAAAUGGUUCACCAUGUAAUUCAAAAACCAACUUCUGAAGGGAAGCAGCAAUUAGUUACUAUAUCACGAACUAUUGCUCAGUCAGUUACAGAUGUUGUGUCUUGUGCUGAAGCUCUUAAAGGAGCAGACUGGGAAGAUCCAGAAGAUCCUAUGGUUAUAGCUGAAACAGAACUAUUAGGUGCUGCCAAUUCCAUUGAUGCAGCUGCUAAAAAACUUGCAAACCUUAAACCAAGAGUAAAUAAACGUCACGAUUUAGAUGAAUCUAUGAACUUUGAUGAAAUGAUUUUGGAAGCUGCCAAAUCUAUUGCUGCUGCCACAUCUGCAUUAGUAAAGGCUGCUUCUGCUGCCCAGCGUGAGCUUGUUGCAGCUGGCAAAGUUGGUGCUCAACCAGUUUAUACAUCUGAUGAUGGUCAGUGGUCUGAGGGCCUUAUUUCAGCAGCCAAACUUGUGGCUGCAGCUACGCAUAGUCUAGUGGAAGCAGCAAAUUCCUUAGUGCAGGGUCAUGCAUCUGAAGAAAAACUCAUAUCCUCUGCAAAACAAGUAGCAAGUUCGACUGCCCAGCUUUUGGUGGCUUGUAAAGUGAAAGCUGAUCCAGAUUCACAAGCUAUGCAUCGCUUACAGCAAGCUGGAAAUGCUGUGAAGCGGGCAACAGACAAUCUUGUACGAGCUGCUCAGCAAGCAAUUGAGCAUGAUGAAGAAAGAAGCCUUAUCAUUAACAAGAGAAUGGUUGGUGGUAUUGCACAAGAAAUUGUUGCUCGUGAAGAAAUUCUCAGGAAGGAAAGAGAACUUGAGGUAGCCCGUGAAAAACUUGCUGCAAUUAGAAAAGCAAAAUAUGGUAACAGGCCUCCUGAUGAAUAUCAGGGUUAUGGUUCACCAUGAAAGUGUUAUUUUUGUAAUGUAUUCAUAUUAUGCAUCACAAGUCUUCAAGGAAAAAGUAUAUUAUUGCUUCCAUUGACACUUAAUAUCCGUCAUAUACUGGACACAAAAGAAAAAUAUUGCCUUAUAUUGACUGAUGUUAUAUUUUUAGUAAGGCUUUAUCUUUUGUAGAAAGGAAACUGUGGAUUUCAGGUUGAAACAGAUAAUCAGGAUUAGUUAUAGUGUUUUGAAACAUUUUAUGAUGUUGCACAUGUAUAGUUUUUUAAAUGCGCAUGUAAAUUCUUGUUGGUAAAGAUUUUGUAAAUUGAAUGUUCUGGUUUGCAUUGCAGAGAAGCACUUGUUACUGAUUUUACUCAUUGUUGUUCACUUGUCUGCAGUUUUACGACUUGUGUAGUUGACUUAAAUGUACAGUAUAGCAAAUUAAAUAUUAUAAAGUAUCAUAAAAUAUGCUGGAAGUAUUUUACAAAACAAUUUUCUCUUGAAGUCAGUAUUUCAUGGUUGAAUUCUAAAAUAAUCAGACUGAAGAUUUUCUCAUUAUGUUUGUCUAACCAUAAACCUGAAACAUUUUUCGAAUCUAUAUCUUAUUUAUUGUUAUAAAUAAAUAUCUUAAAUUUGAGUAUGUCAUAGCAGUUUAUACUAGUCUUUUUGCAUGCAGACAAUUGUAUUUAUCAUUCACAUUGCCUUAAAUAAUUCUGGUGCUAUAUUAACAAAUUUGUGAUGCAUAGUUUGCAUUUGAAAUUUUUGGAGAUUGCAUUAAAGAAGUGCAUGUUUAAACUGUUAAUUGUAAUUAUCAUGAAGGAAACUUAAUACAUUUUAAAGAUUUGCAUUUCAAUUGCCCUUUUUCUAAUUAGUGAUUGCUUCAUACAAGAAUAGUUGUCAAAUGCUUUUUAUUAAAAAUGCUGUUGUCGCACAUUACAAGAUAUGUUAUUAUUCAGCAUUUUAAAAUUUUCUUUCUAAAUGUUUUGACAUAUGAAAAUAUUAAUUUUACAUAAUUUUAGAUCUCAUAUCAUACAUCUUAGCAUGAGGUGCAUUUAUGUAUUUUUGCAGUUAUAUAACUUUUGGUCUUAUCACUUGUUCAAAUUUUCAUUUUUCUUUGUUAAAUUGUUUUUUAAGAUGCUUGCUUUGGCAGCAUUGUUCAGUGCCAUGUAUUAUAAAUUGUUUGAUCUGUUUAUAAAUAGAGUAGUAUUUUUUAAUACUUUGAUCCUUAAUAUAUUAUCUUGAUCUCAACAGUGAUUUUUGUUCAGUAAUGAAGUUGUUAGUGUGUGUUCUUAUGCCUUAAUCUUACAGUUUAUCAAUAAUGCUUUUUAUAAAUGAGUAACUUAAAACAUAAUUUAUAAGUAUCUGGGAUCUCCUAAUUUUUUUAAAUCAAAUUGUGAUUGUCUUAAACUUGUAGCUAAGUUUUUAAAUGUGCAAUAUUUUCUAAAAUGAAACUUACAUGCCCUGCUGUUUCGUCCAAAAAAAAAAUUCAUGCUGUGAACAUGUAACAGAUUUUGCAUAGUUUUGCCAAUUUAAAGGUGUUUUUUACAUGACAUGACAUAGUUAAAUAAAAUGCUUUCAUUGUUGACUA